UUCAGUAGAUUUACCAAUGUAGUACUUUCUUAGUGUUCAUGCAAAUUAGACUCAAUAUAUAUUGGAUGAUAGCUUAUGUGUACUCUUUUCAAAUACAUAUGUUCAAUGGGUGUCCAGCUUCAAAUAUGGUCAAGAUAAGUUACACAAAAAAUAAAAGUUGGGUAGUUACUUAUGAAACACCCUUUAUAUGUUAAUAUAAGGAACGUGUUGAGGCAAUAGCAGAAAAUGUUGUCUCAUGAAUAAAAUGAUUGUUUUGAAGAGUUUUGUUAAACUUAAUGAUGACUUCAUUAAGAGUUGAUUUAAUAACGAUGCUGAUGCGGUUCUCACUGAUAAAUUCCUGUAUUAGCGUGGCAAGAUUUCACUUUUGAUUUUAAAGUUCAGAUUCAGGUCAACAUUAAAAACCAAGAUAAUGGAAAACAAGCGUGUAUAGAUCAAAUAAUAUUAUUACGACUCGUAUGACGCUCGAUCAGCGAUUAUUGGAGAAUGAAAUCAGGAUGACGGCAGAAAUACAUGCAUAGAAUCUGCCGUAUGCGUUCUGUCAAAGUUCCUAGAUUGAAAAGCGGAAAAAAUUGUAGAGAGAAUUACAUGAGAUAUAAAUGCGCAGCAUGCAUACUUCUUCUAGAGAAAUGCGACGAUAGAUUCAUUCAUAGAUAAUAACUAAUGAGUUAGUCAGAGAUAACUUUUGUGUACCCCGCAUACACGAUUUGCUGAAUAUAUGAUAUCUUUCAAAUAUAGACAUUACAGUUUUGUAAUUCGAGUAUUUGUUCUACCAGAAGGGAGUAAUCUAGGAAACUUAAAGGUUAAUUAAUUUAAAUUUUACGUCUUUCAAGUUAGAAACUUUCUAAUAAUCAGAAAAAUGCUGAAUUUCCUAAUGGUUUUCCCAUCAUUUCAGAACAUAAAAUCGAUCAAUUAGCGGAAAUAUCGGAUUUAACAAAAAUGGAUUGUUCUUCAAGUGAAAACGUUGAUAAUAUUAUUGAUAGUGGUGAUAUGUUAAGACUAAUUACAAAUGAAUUAAUAAAGAUUCUCAUGUUGGAUGAUGAUGAUGAAAAUAAAGAUAAAAUCGUUAAUGAUUUAUUAGAACAUGGUCGACAAUCAUUGACGAAUUAUGAAGAAGAUAUUAUUCCAGAGAUCUAUAAGGAACAAAUAAAUAGCAAUGAUAGUGAAUUAAUAAAAUCAUUAAAAAAGUAUUUUCAAUUAAAAUGGGAAAAACAAUAUGGUUUAUCUAAUGAAUGGUUUAUUUCAUUUCUUAAACAAUAUAAAAAUAAAAAACAUCCUGAUUUGUAUGAAUACGUUUUAACUCGUACAGCAGAACAUGGAAAUAAAUAUAUGAAAAAUUAUCCUAUAUUAUCAAUUGUUUUACAACUUCUAUUCGAGGAUAUUGAUGAUAAAUGUUUAAAAGAAAAAUGUGUAUUUGACGAUUUAUGGUUUUCAAUUACAAAUGAUGGUUUAAAAUCAAUUACAAAAUACUCUGAUUAUAUUAUUGCAGAAAUCAUGAACGAACAAAUAAAUAAAAAACAACCAGGAUUAUUCCAAGCAUUACGUGAAUUUUAUCGUCAAGAUCUAUUUCAGUUAUUUAAACAAAGUGAUAUUACAGAUAAUCAAAAUUUAUAUGAUUUGGUAUUAGAUAAUAUUGCGGAACAUGGUUGGAUAAAUGGCAUUAAAACAAUUCAGGAUAAAAUAACACCUAAAAGAUAUAAAAUAUUAUUAGAAAAUAUUGAUUUAUUUCUAAAACGACGAAGAGGUAAUUCAAAUUUGAAUUUGUCUUGUUUAUUAGAUUUUACUCGGAAUCAAAUAUAUCAUAGUUGA